GUAAACCAUGGCGAUUUGACUGCUAUCUCCAACGACUUUGGGGACACGAGAGAAUACAAGAGAGGAAGGAGAGAAGAAAGGAGCCAAAAGUUCCCUUGGAGACAAUACCAUGAGAGCAGCUUCAGAGGUGGAGCAGGAGGAGAGGCGGAGGAAGCCAUGGAUGAAGAUAGAGGUGAGGGGUGGGGGAGGUCUUCUGGUGCUGGGUGGGGCUCUCGUCGCUGCGGGUCUUGGAGCAGCCUUCGCCGCGCACCGAGCUCAUGUUAAUAGCAAAAGAAGAAGAUCGUCGAUGAGGCCGGCCGAUGAAAGUUGUAAGGUGGAAGAGAGCUUAAACAAGGGAAUUAGCUUUGAUGACCAGCUCGAUGAGGUCGAUGGCCAGGCGGCGAGGGGACUUGUAUCUCUUAUGACUCUUGAUCGCAUUCCGCUAUCUCCAUCCCUAAAGCCUGCCGAGAGCUGGCAAGGGGAGUUUUCGGUUCAUACUAAAGUGGAAAUUCAGGAGAGUACAAGCAUGGCGACCAAGAUUGAUCAAAGUCCGGCCUUCAAGAAUUCAGAGAUUGUCUCGGCUGCAGAUGCUGCUGAAUGUUAUGAUAAUGCUGUUCAAAAAUUUUUACUUAGCAACCUCGAUGAACUAAAAGAAGAAACGCCAGUAUUUUCAUUCAGUGGUGUCGAAUUCACCAACAUCCAAGACCAAAAUAAGCAAAUUUUGGAGGAAUCUGGGCUUGCUGAUGACAAAGACAGAGAAGAAAAGGAUGUCAGCGAAGAAGCAGAAGCCCUAUCACCUGAAGAACUACAAGGACUUUCAUUCAGAGCUGUUGGAUCGGACACAAUCCGAAACCCAACCAAGCAGACUCCGGAAGAAUCAAGGCUUUCUCAUGACAAAGAGGAGAAAGAAGAGGAAACAAAGUCGUCAACUGUGGAAGAAGAGAGUGAGAGGGAGGAGGAGGGAUCGGAUGGCACAGGGGCUUCUUCCAUGAACCCAGCUGAGGCAAUUGAACAAGAGAAGGACUCAUCAUUGCGGGAAAACCACCAGGGGGGCACUGAAGAGAGUUCCAAAGAAAAGGUAACUGCAGUACAAGCAGAACAAGAAAUAGAAGAGUAUGAGGAGAAGUUUGCAGAGAAGGAACAAGCUGUAGAAGAAGUACCAAGAAACGAGAUGGCAACAGGGCCAGAAAGAGGUCUUAUAGCUGUGAAUUAUUCCAAUAGACUACUUCUUUUGUUGGCAUUGGCUCUAGCUGUCGGUCUGAUAUCUUUCGCGCAUCGUGACCACCUCCAUCACUUCCACCUUGCCAAACUAUAUCACCACCUGCAUCAUGUCUUCUUCCCUUCUAACAAUGCUAUGUGAACUUUGAACUGUUCUCUUUUAGGAGCAUGCCAAGGCUGCCAUUCAAGGAGCAAAGCCACUGAUGAGUCGCACCACCAAGAAGAAAAUCAAGCUGAAGAAUAGAAUCUUCAAAAGAAUUCUUCGUUAUGACUGAAUAAAGCAGCUCUUGUUAAGCCAUAAUAGAAAUGUUGGAAAAAUCAUGUCUGCUAACUUAUAUAUUAACAUAAUUAGGUCAAUACUUCUUCUUCAUCUUUUCUAUAUGAAUAGAAGUAAGUUUGAAAAAUAAUUGAAUUCAACAGUUUCUUUAGUGGAGACUUUCUCAUCAACUCCUAGUGCCAACAGUUUUCUGUUGCUCUACUUUCAAGAUACAUGGAAUUGUUUCAUGAUUGCUUUGAGAUGCAUUCUACUAAGAUUAUUCAAGGACUAAUCUGAACUAAUCUAAGCC